UCAAACAGUUUCUCGUUGCUGCUUGCGUUUGCUUUAUCGGAGUGCUACAAAGUUUUAUUUUCUUUGUGAUAUUUUGUUUUAUUAUCAAGGAUAAUUGCCAUUGAUUCCAUACAAGAAAGUUUAUUGAAUUUUUAAAAAUGCGUUCGAUUAUUUCAGUUGUGUUUUUGGUUGCAUUUAUUGCAUCAAGUGUAUCAGCUUUUGGAUAUGGAUUAUUAGGAGGAAGUAGUUAUGGUAGUGGAUAUGGUAGUGGAUAUGGAAGUGGAUAUGGCAGUGGAUAUGGAGGAUACGGCAGUGGAUUGGGGGGAUAUGGAGGAUAUAAACCAGGCUUCGGAGGAGGAUAUCCAGGGUAUGGAGGUGGUUAUGGAGGUUAUGGUGGUUAUAGCGGAUUAGGAGGAGGAUAUAAUCGACCAGGAAUCUUUGGUGGGGGAUAUCCAAGUUAUGGAGGUUAUUAUGGCAAUAGUUUUGGCUAUGGUAAUGGUGGCUAUGGAGGCUAUAGUGGAUACAGUGGAUACGGAAAUCAAUAUGGAAGUCAAUAUGGAGGUGGAUAUGGAGGCUUCAGACCAGGAUAUGGCGGUUAUUAUGAUUCUAACCGAUACACAAGAAACUCAGAAGACACCAAGCUCAAAGAAUAAGAAUUCAUGCCAAAUUAAAACUAAUUUUUUAUGUUGCUCAUGUGAAGCUAUAAUUUCAUCCUCAAGCGCUUAAUAAUUCAACAUCACCCAAAAAUAUACACACAACACCAGAAACAAUAACAAUUGUAAUCAUUCAUCAUUCCAUUCAAUCAGCACGAUAAUCUGUGAUUCAACUCGACUCGUUAAUUCGAUUACAAACUGCCACACACUUACUGCUUAUUAUUUUCAUUUCACGAUAAAAAAACAAAAAGUCCAUCAUGCAUUGCAGAAAGGGCUUUUGUCAUCUCACUUCGCAUGCCUUUAUGUUUUUUGUGUAAAUAAUUUCAUCUCUUUCUACUGCUCAUUGUUAAUUAUAGUACGAAAGAUACGAAAGAGAAGCAAUGGAAGAGAUUAAAAAUCUUCUCAAUUUCUCCUCUCUUUCUGCAUUCGUGAUCUUUUUUUAUACUUCCAAUUCCGAGGAGAAGAAAAGUAUCUUUUUUGCAAACGAAUGCUAAAAUAAUGCGAAAAAAAAAUAAUUUCGCAACGGAAAUAAAAAAAAACGCAAUUCAUUAAGUAAUACUUAAGGUGAAUUUAGAUUGUAAGAGAUAGAGCUAUGCUUAUUGUAAUUUAUAUUAUAGAUGAGAAUUUUUUUUUUUUGUAAUUCUUUAAAAAAGACGGAAAAGCAGACAAUAAAAUAAUGAAAUUAAG